AUGAAGAUUUCAAUUUCACAAACAAACCGCCAAAGCGCCGGCGGAUCAUCGUCACGAUUCUUCAAGUCAGCAGUGCUGUGUGCGUUGGCGUAUGCCUUUGGUCUGUACAGCAGUUCCACCAGCAGCAGCGAUAAUAACAACAGACUGAUUGUUGUAGAGGACCAUGUUAACAGACGAGCCAGCGCGAUUGAGAUUCCAGAACAACAAUCAUGGAGUGCCAACGCUAGAGCCAUGGAUGCCACACACAAAACGCAACAAGCAAGGAAAAAGUUGUUGGAAGCAAGGAAGCAAUCCAAACGACCACAGCAAUCCGACCAAUCAUCAGCCACGUCGUUUAGCAUUCCUUCCGCUCUGAAUCUCAUUCCCAAUGACCAAUUGAAAUUAGCAGACUACUUUUCAGAUUCGUGGCUGCUCAAUAAGAAGAACUUUCUCAAGGUUCCACUGUAUCAGAUUGGAAUUGUGGAAGAUGCCUGCUUUGCUGCCAUUGGCAAGCGACGAAUCCACGAUCAUUCCAAAAUGUUUGUAGAUUGGACCGACUUUAUGGUAAUGCAUCUCUCCAAAUGGUGGGGCGAGCUGAACAUUUUAGGAGAUGAGGAUUCUACAAUGUUUGAUCACACCACUGGAACCAUUUUUGGUGGUUAUUUGCACAAGGUUUUCAGCGGCAAAGCGACAACGAAAACCACAACAACAACAACACCAAAAAGCCCACUCCAUCCUACCAUUGCCAUGAUUGCCUUUGCUCCCUAUCGCAGCUCGCACAAAAAUCGGGGAGAACUAUUGACUGCCCACUCCUUGGCAAGUACGAUCGCUUCACUUUACCAUGUAGGGUUUGGAAGAGUCAUUGUGACGUGCAACGGUGACACGGAUGUUACCCGAGCUCAUGAAGCCUUUCGACUGGUGCAGCUAUACUCCACAGCUAGCACGUUCAAUGAAAAAGUAACCGUGGAUACCGCCAACCGUAUAUUAUUCAGCAGCGAUCAAGCCAUGGCAGUACCCGCACAAAUCGGUAACACAGAAUUGGCGGCAGUCCGAAUUACCAACACGACGUGGUUCAAAACGAAAUGGGUCAAAUAUAACAUGCCAUUGGCAGCCGUCAUUGGGAUGCAAAAAGCCUUGGGAGGCAAAUUGGAGAGUGAGAAGGAAUCCAAAUAUUGGCUCGGCACCAAGCAUGACGCAUCCUAUUGGAAGUAUGUGUACUUGACGGAACCGGAUACCUUAUUGCAUACCAAAGAAUCCAUGUGGAAACCAAUCCAAGAGGGAUUGGAUCAGGGAUUGUCAUUCUUUCCACAUCGAUUGCAGCCUCUGCCGCACGAAUUCAAUUUGCCACCGUCCACUGAGGAUCCAUCCACAAAGCAUGUCUCGAGAAAGUACCAAACUCAAUACAUCCCAAAUGUCCUUCCCUUUUCGAACAUUACCAACUUGGAUGACACUUGGCAUUGUUGUGAUGAUGGGCCAGAGUGGCCAGGCCGAAGUGAAGAAUUCGGCACCCAGCAACGACCCUGUGGAGGUCUUUGGUGGUGGGCCUGUGGAUACCGGUCGUCCGUCAAGGUAUCGGAACAAUCCAAGGAGGAAAUCUUGGAGCAUCACAAACGGCUAGUUCCGUAUCCAAUGAUGACGGUGGCCAAGGGAACGGGUGUUGUCUUUGCUCCAACGGAAAUGGGACGGCGAUGCUUUCCCUCUCAAGCUCCGUGCAAAAGAACCUAA